AUGUCAGAAGUCACAGAACCUCAAGAACUGUUGUCUGCAACUAUUGCUCGUCACUAUGACAAUGGAGAAAAUAACUUAUCAGCAAGAAAUGCAUCUCGUAUCUUGUAUUUACGCAAUUUCAACAAUUGGGUUAAAUCAACUCUUAUUCAGGAAGCAGUAACAAUGCUUAGAGACAGCAGAAUUCAUGAUGGAAAAAUGCAUGUAUUAGAUUUUGCCUGUGGGAAAGGUGGCGAUUUAAAUAAAUGGAGAAAUUCAAGUUGUAUGGAAUAUCUAGUAGCUGUUGAUAUUUCUCCAGGAUCAAUAUCAAAUUGUCAUUCCAGAUAUGAAGAGAUGAAAGCAAGAAACAGAUACUUAUUUGAUGCUCAAUUUAUUGUCGCAGACUGCACUAGAGUAAAUAUAAAUACAUUAUUUAAAGACUCAUGUAUGAAAUUACAUUUGGUAAGUUGUCAAUUUGCAUUUCACUACUGCUUUGAAAGUAUACAACAAGCUGAAUGUAUGCUAAAAAAUGUAUCAGAAAAUCUGGUGAGUGGUGGAAUAUUUAUAGGUACUAUACCUAAUGCCAGAGAAAUAGUAAGACGCCAAAAAGAAUGUGGUGAAAAACAAUUUGGAAACAGUAUCUAUAAUAUUGAUUUUUUGUGCGACAUUGAUAAACCAUUCCCAAUAUUUGGUGCAAAAUAUAAUUUUCAUUUAGAAGGAGUUGUCGACUGCCCAGAGUUCCUAGUUUAUUUUCCUGCUUUAGAAAAGUUAGCAAAAAGUUAUGGAUUGGAACUAAAAAUGAAAAUGACAUUUGCCGAGUAUUUUGAAAAACAUUCAAAUUUAGAUGUAAAUUUCUUAAGCCGUAUAACAGCAUUGGAGGUAUAUCCUCCCCGAGAAGGAGUUGAACUAAUGGGAACAGAAGAAGAUUAUGAUAAAGCCAAACAGUUUUUAAAUGAAAAUAAACAGGAAAGUGUUGGCACACUAUCAAAAUCUGAAUGGGAAGUUGCAACUCUAUACAUGGUGUUUAUGUUUCAAAAAAUGUAGCCCAAUUAAUUGAAGAUCUAAUUUGAAUUGAAUAUGAAUAAAAUGCAUGUUGUACAAUAUUUAGUUUAAUUUAUUUAUGUAUUUAUUUGUUUUUAUAUUAAACAACUUAAAUUGACAAUAAUAAUGUUAAUUGUUAUCUUUUUUUA